AUGCCAGUCCAAUCAGAAGAGUCAUUCAAGAGGGUGGCAUUGAAAUACAUCCCCACUGGUCUAGUUGGACAAGCACUUGUCCUCUUGGAGUUGAAACAACUGAAACACAGUCAAAACCACCAACUCACCUACGUUCAAUCCCCAUCAGUUGCAUUUAUUUGUUCCCUACACACAAUGAAGAUGUAUCUUGCUGGACCCUUGAUUGCCCUGGCCACACACUUGACUUUGAUCUUGGCAAAUGAUCCCCUGCAUCUGGAGUCAUGUCAGCGUACACCCUACAUCAGUCGUCAAGAAGCAGAGGCUGCUUAUGAGAACAACCAGUUGGUAUGCACUGGCCAGCACAUCUGUGCUGCUGGCGAGACACAUCAAUGUCAAACCCUUCGGAAAGUUGAAAUGGGCACCUGCAAACAAUGUCACCAGCCCCAUCUUCUGUUUCAAGAAAGUUGCCAGUCGGCAAGUGACAUUAGACAACGCUGUUACAUCCACCAAAGUCACUCUUCAGAAUCAAGUUCAGGGCAUGGUAAAUCUAAACGCAAGUCCUGGUACUGAUAGUGUUAGUCACAUCUAAACCAGAAAACACCAAUUUCCCCAUGAAGAUUUGAAUUGAAUCUCACAGCAAGAUCUCAU